GUCGCUGGUAUCAACUGACGCGUCGGUAUAAAAGCAGUCUGUCGUCGAAAGAGCAAACAAUUUUCGCGAAGAUAUUAUCGCAAGUGCACACUUUGGCAUCAGAAUUCCGGUGUUACAUUUGUGUUUUGUAAUCCGUAAUCAUGAGUCAAAAUCGAAAUCGCACCAACGGCAAUAGUAGUGAUGAUGAUGAGUCACUAAGCAGCUGGGAAGUAGCAGGCUUGGUUGGCCUAGCCGGCUUAGCCAUAGGUGCCGGAGCAUACUACCUGACUUCAUCCUCGUCCACGCAGGCAGAGGAACAAAAGAAAAAAGAAGAAAGAGAGAGGGCAGAGGCAAGGCAGAGGGAACUGGCCAGGCAAGAAGCGGAAAACCAAGGAGGAUAUUCUGCGUGGAAUUUAUUUACCAACGUGGUCUGUGCUGUAGGCAGCGCUGUAAUGGGAUCCCAGUUGUCUGCAGCUUUACCCGCAGAGCCUGUGCUGGUUGUUCCGGAGAAGCCGGUGAUCACAAACAUGAAUGGGCUGCUGCAUGACAUAUAUGUGCGGUACAUAGCGCUAAAGGAUAAAGAGUUUGAGGUGCAUUAUAAUGUGUUUAUGAACAUAUUUCACCGGUUGCAUGAGCAGAUGAAGGUAGCAGAUAAAUACUACAACCGCUAUUCAAGCACAGUACAAUUUGCGGGCAGCCACUACGACCGGCUACGCAUCAACAAGCCCGAUGAAUUCGACAUGGACAUCAUAAUCGGUCUACCCGUCAACCUCAAGGAGGCCCCUAACCCGGCCAACAGCGACAUAGUCCUCGAGCCCAAGGCCCCCGGCUUCAUACAGCUGAAGGCCGGGACACAGUUCCAAAACCUGCCGAAGAGAGACGGCGCGGACUGGGUUAUCAAUAGAACUGCGCAUGACUGGUUGGAUGAGAGAAACUAUUUGCUCCGCUCGAAGUUUACUGACUGGUUCAAAAGCGUUGUCAACAAGGCAAUGAACAGUUUCCCCGUACACCCCAGUUUCCCCGGUCGCCGCGUAAUGAACGUGGAUGGUAUUGCGUACACCUUGCGGCUGUCGUCCAGCGGGCCCGCCAUCACGCUCAUCAUCGAGAACUCGAGGGGGUUCCGGUUGGACGUGGACCUGGUCCCGGCCCUGAAGUUCCCCGAGGAACGCUGGCCUAUCUGCAGACCGUAUAGAAAGGUGCCAGACAAAUGCCACCACGAAAUAUUCAUGGUGGUGCCGAAGCCUAUGAAGGGCGGGCUGAACCGAUACGACACGGACCGCUCGUGGCGGAUCGCCAUGCACCUGCAGGAGCGCGACAUCAUGCAUGCCUCAGAGAACAUGCGCCAGGCCAUACGACUGAUCAAAAAACUCCGCGACUCCCAAGGGUUAAACAAAAUAGCAAGUUACUACAUCAAAACAAUCUUCUACCACGAGGCUAUGGCCCGGCAAAGCGACCCCCAUUUCUGGCGAAGAAGCCCCGCCGACCUGUUCAACAUUAUGGUAAAAAAGUUCAUCGAGCAUCUAGAGUCCGGGGAGAUAGCUUAUUUUUGGAAUAAAGAAAAUAACCUCAUCGGCCAUAUUGAGAGAUCCACUUUGACAGGCUAUGCGAAUAAGCUGAAGAAACUGGUGCCGAUUUUGGACGAUCCGUCGAAAUAUAAGUGGGCUGCGAAGUAUUUGCUGACGGAUAGUCAGUUUAAGGAGUACAACGAUAAAUUUUUGCACAUUUGAAAAGUGAUUUUUUUGGCUGGCAGUGAGAUUGGACGUAUUUGUGAAAAUCUGUAAGAUAUGUAGUCUAAAAAAACAUCGUUCCCUUGAAUUGGACAGCUGAAUAAGAUUGCGCUGUGUGGUAACUGAAUCAAUCAAUCAAUCAGUCAAUUGACUGAUUGAUUCGGUAACUCCCAAAACAAUUGUUAGUUAGUUACCGGACGCGAAUGAAGCCGUGUAGCGCCAUCUACCAUUAGCUGUCAAAUUCGAAAAAAUAUUUUUUUAUACAAAAUACGGCCAAUUUUGUUGCCAGUUAAACUUUUAUCUUGAGCAAAAAAAUAUUUUAGGAUUAAAAUUUAUGAUAAGAAAUUAUUUGCAUUUAUGAAACAUUUUUGUGUAGUUCUUUUUUUCCGACGGUCCAUGUCUCCAUACUACAUUUGUAUAUAUAUCCUUUGUUGGCGUUCAUACUCGUAUGAUCUCGUGUGGCUGACGUAGCCGAUCUUGUUGGCAAGAUAUAGGAUUUGUUUUCAUGUGAAACGUUUAAAUAUUGUAGUGAUAACUUUAAAACUUUCAGUGCCAAGCGCCCCAUUUCUGAUACAAAGUUAAUACAUCUAGCGUGCUAUGAAUAUGCAAGUACUUAAUUCCUUAUUCAAGUUAUGGGAGAUACAAUCAUUGUCGGUAAAAAAAGAAAAACGACCCUUUCGAUUUUGGUUUUCCAUUACAAAAGGGUAUGGGUAAGGGUAUGCUUCAAGUGCAAUAAGGUCCUUUUAUCUGAAAUCCCAACAGAAAUUCUGAUAGAAAGGUCUUUAUUGCGCAUGAAGCUUAAGAAAGGAGGAUCUUCUCUGAUGGAAAGCCACAUUAUAAAGCAGCUAGUUAUAUAAAUAUUAUUUACAGUACAUAUGGUGCUACUUAGCCGCACUAGCGCGAAAAUUAGCAUAUUACGUUACUGUGUCGAACAUUUAAAACGCCAUAUGUACUGUAAAACGUUGUACGAUACAUGUGCGAAUAGAUAAUUCGCAACUCGUGUCGAUUUAAAACACUCCCUUCGCUCGUGUUUUAUUUAUCGCCACUCGUUUCGAAUUUCCUAUUUUUCGCACUUGUAUCGUAAUUAUAAUUAUUUAAUAAUAUUUAUAAUAAUUGUGUGUAAUUACAUAAUACCUAUCGAAAAGUUAUUUCGAUAAGAUUAUAAUAUCUCAUUUUCAAAGAUACCUACAGCAAUGGUUACUUAAAAUAAUUGUGUAAUAUAAUUAUGAAGGACGCUAGACAUUACAGUAUUAAUUGUAAUAAAUAAAUUCACAAAAGUGGGCCCCACUCCUCGCCACUUCGUACUAAUUUUAUAAAUUAGUACGAAAUGACAAGGAGUGGGACUCACCUUUUUAAAUACAUGUAUCCAUCCAUAUCUGCCGGGUCUAUGGGGGCAAUGGGGAAGGUAAUCGUCAAUUUGAUUAUUUAUGGUAAAUAAAAUAAAAGUGUACCAUCGUCGAGACCGCCAUCUAUGUUUAGUUUUGACCGGCCUUCCCCGUAGCACGGAC